CUGCAACUGAGACACCAGGUUGAUGAUCUGGUCGCUGUCUUCUGAAAUAACGAGCAACACCGAAACCGGCUCCACUCCGGCAAUGCAAUUGCCGCCAUCAUGUCGCUCAUUGGCGUGGUGGCUGAAUGUUGACCGUGGCCUGUGGACUGGCGCUGUGUACAUAUACCCCGCCAACGUGGCUGGGAACACCUUUGACCGCAAAAGCUUCAACCUUUUCAACCAUAACGGAAGAGGCUGUAACGCCGGUUCAGGUCACUAUGUGGGCUUUUGACCCAACAGAUUCUACUCCAGUGUCUAGAUUCUCGAGGUCGAAGGUCCCUUUCCUGGAGAUUGUUGUGGAUUGUGACAUCCAAAGAAUGGGAUCGACAAUGCCCAAGGGAGAUACUUUGACAGCGGGGUCCAAAAAUAGACGGGAUGUGAGCAUAAGUCUCUGUAUCAGGCCAUCUUUUAUUCAGCCGCAAUGCUUCACAGUCUAGGUUUGUGAUAUUCGUAGUCGAGUGCAGGUGGCAAUCUUCCUAGGGAUGAUCAGGC